AUGAUUAAAGAAAAGUUCGAUGAUCUGCUGGAUUACUCAGUGGAUUCUGAUGAGGAUUCAUUCUUGAUUGUGGACAAAAAGAAGAAAUCGUCGUCUCCAAUUCCAAAGAAAACUAGCCAACAGCCGACUCCAAAGUUAACACAAAAAUUGAAAGCCAAGAGAAAUGAGAUCACCUUCACGCGAACCAUUGUUUUCGUCAUCUUGACUCUCGUAUUCGUCCAUCAAGCAUGUAGAUAUACUCGGAUGGAACUUCAGAUCAAAAAGGCUGAAAAUGAGAAACAGGAAGCUUAUGAAACGAUCUCAAAAAUGCAAAUCGAAUUGGACAAAUUGAAGCAAUCGGAGAGUGAAUGGAUGAGAAAACAAGAGUUGAAACACCGUCAAAAUGGAAUAUCUGCUGACGACGACGAGGAUCCGGAUGAUGAUGAUACUAUUUUCCAGAAUUCAAACCACAAAACCGAAGAAAUAAUUUCCGUUCAGGCCGCCCCUCCACAUCUAUUCGCUGUCUUUGGUUUUCUUCUCUGUCUAUUCCUGGCAACAAUCGUUUUCUACUGUCUUGAGAGGUCCGAACAAGUAUAUUAUCGUUGA